AUAAGAAAGACAGAAGCUUCCAGUACAUUUUUAAGGCAAACAGAAGGAGCUGUCCGUUCGUUGAUUAAACACACAGAAACGAAAACAUUUAAUUUGGUUUAACCGGAGGAGAGAACGACAAUGUUACAGUUUUUAUUGACUUGUGCUCUGGUAAUCGUAAUAACAAUUCAAGAAUCUCUACAAGAGUGCGAUGAGAAAUUUACAGCUAACAAUGGUUCUUUUUCAUCACCAAACUACCCCAGUAACUAUCUUGCGAGUACGACAUGUGUUUACACCAUAGAAGUUGAUACCAGAAAAAUAAUCAAUUUAACGUUUACAGAUGUAAUGACGGAAUAUGAAGCCAGUUGCAAAUAUGAUAAUAUAAAAAUCUACCAAGAAACCGUGCUUUUAGAUACACUGUGUGGUAAGAUUGAGACUCCACGUCCGUUCAUUAUCACUUCUAAUAAGGUUACAGUUAUAUUCAAAUCAGAUGAUGGUAAUCAGCAUAGAGGAUUUAAAGCUAUCUAUACCACUCAACAUACAGAAUGUGAGAAUAUAGGAUUCUAUGGUCCAAACUGUAAUAAAGUAUGCCAUUGUUACCAAUCACAGUGUGAUUUUCGUACAGGAGUAUGUGACUAUGGAUGUAAACGUGGUUGGAUGGGAUCUAGAUGCGAUCAAGUGAAAGCGCCAGCAGAAGUGGCAACGCAUUGUGUUAAUUCUCCAACCAAAGGUAAAUAUGCUCUGUUAAGAGUUGAUAGAAAAAAUGUUAAGUACGGACGGAUAUACAUUAUCGAUGGUAACAACCAUACAUCAUCUGCAAGAUGUGAUCAAGGAAUGUUUAUCGAGGAUGGGGAUGGUGUCUUAAACUUGAAAAUAAAGUUCAAAGAUGAUAAUACGACAUCUCCUAGCUGUUACCAUACACAGAUAGGUAAAGGAGUCCUUAAAUGGACAUUAAGAACAGAAGAAGUGUCUGGUUUCUAUAGUUACUAUGACAGAUUAUAUGAACUGAGUUGUAAUUUCACAACAGCACAUAAUUUGACCAGCAAUAGCAAACAGGUCGUUACAGGUAUAGUGAAUCCUCGCAAGGUGGAUGUCAUGCAGACAACCGAAGAUGUUAAAUUGGUCACUCAGAACCCAGUAACAUCAAGUCCUCUUUCCAGAGUAACAGUUGGCACCAGAAUUCAACUUGCAAUGAUAUUAUAUGAAAGAGGUGGCAUUUCAGCUUCGGGUAUUUCACCAUACAAUUGUAUCUACUUUUCGUCUGAUUUUGAAGUAACCUAUCAACUGACAGACUUUAAUGGAUGUCCUGUAUCGGGUUCUCCUGGUUUUGCUCUAACUGGAAUUAAUGGCUCUCACCUAACAUCGAAUUUAUUCGAUACUUUCAUUAUUGAAGGAAAAUUAGAUGUCAUCUUUAGCUGUAGUUUUGAAUUCUGUUUUGUUUCAAAGGACACGAAGUGUUCUGAUAGAUGUGUUCAUAUGAAAAACCAAUCAUCCCUGACAACCAUAACAAAACGAUCAACAAAUGAGAAUAGAAAGAAUGGUCAAGCAUCAGCUUAUUUACUGCUGAUACCAAAAACACAGAAAGACAAACAAACUGACAAGAACAACUUUUCAGAAGACUCUGAUGGCACCAUUCCCAAAUACUUGACUGUUUUGAUAACGGGUUUGAUAUUGGCAGUGUGUGCAGUUUGGAUGACCGUGUUGAUCUUUGUUCGGUCAUUUUAUAUUAGAUCUGGCAGAAGGUUAGCAAAUGUCGAGACGGCGAAAUAACUGUAAACGUUUUUAUACAUCCACAUGUAUGAUCAUAUAUUAAGGUUACUUUGUCUGCUCAUAAUUUGUGAAUUCCCUAUAUUACUUUCAGUUUAUUGUAAGUAAAUUGCCAAUAUUUUUUAAGUGUAUAUAUAACGAUCAUUAUGAAAUUCUAACAGGUUGCUUUUUAUGUGUUAGCAUGUUAAAAACACAGAAUUGAAACUUCCUGUGGUGUAGGUGGCCUGGGAACUCAUGGUUUACAGUCUUUGUAGAUAAAAGAAACUCUGUGACUUUUCUUUAAUUUGAUUAAAUAUAUCAAUUAUUAAAAGAAAUGUCUUUGUACAAUGUUUGUUUCUUUCCCGUCAGUAUGCCGUUCACAAUUCGUGUAAUAGUUCUGCGGGCUGAGAUUUUGUGUUGAAAAGAAAACUUUUUUUUUUUCAAACUUUUUCAAACUUGCUGGGACUGUUUAGAUAGUUCUAAGAAGUAACGGUAUCGAAAUUGAAAGUCGGGCAUCCAGUUGUCAAAACCUAUAAACUCCCGACCGGACAGUACCUAUACUUUUGUUUAAAGAUCGACUAGUUAUAAGAAGGGAUCAUAUCGAAAUUCACAAUUGCGUAGUUGGACACAGUAAAUAAUUAAAUGAUUAAUUUUCCCUUUGAUUUUAAUGUUAAUUCUCGUCUCUUUGACCGGCUCUUAACUUUUUCCAAAAUUUUCGUCGGGUUGAUCACUUUCUACCACAGAUGCAGCAACAUGUGGCAUCCUCUUCUCUUGCUCGAAAGCAGGUAUGAGAUUCGCAAUGGAAAUCUUGCGAUGAACAAACUAGAAGUAGCAUAUAAGUAAACAUGCAACGUUCCACUCUGCAUUUCUCUGCUAUCUUUCCGUCUCAAAAUCAUGACUAUUCACUAAAACGUGCAUAUUUAAACCCUUUUCGUCGAUUCUACACCAAAAAGUCAACAGCUAUCACCAUGCAAAAAGGAGGAAAGGCGAGAGAAAGACUAAAAAUAACUUUGGUACUAGAUUGCGUGUACAUUUGCUUUUACAAUGAGUUAUAUCCCCUGUCUUGAUCCUCGUCGACAUGGCCUUUGACCUGAUAUAAGCAAGGAUUCCAUAUAUGUAUCUAUCCACGAUGCACAGUGUGUGAUGCGUGUCUGUAAUACGGAUUGUUACCCAUAUGCUCCUUCUAUGUGUCCGUUCAAAAUGGUUAGCGUGCUGCGUGAUAGUUAUUUACGCGACAAGGGUCCAUUUCAUACGGUCAUGGAAUACAACUUAACCUCACACCGUCGGAUUCAAGUCCGAUUUACCGAUGAGAUUUCUAACAACCUGGUGGAAUUGUUCAUUAGGGCAUCUGGAAGAACCCAAUGGAAUUUUAAAAUUUUCGGAUCGUAAAUUUUAAACGUGUUUUACGACUUAUGUCACAGCCUGCGAAUGUGAUAUAGAACAAGGUGUUCGGGGAACUGUAUUAAAACUUAUGGAACAGGAACUGUUCAUUGGGGUUAUUAAGAAGUUAUUAUAAAACUUUUCAUCUCAAUGGCGCACAUCUUGUGCAAGGUGGAUAACGACCUAAUUUUGCUAAAUGCCGUUUUCUCUCUUGGGCAUUCUGGGACUGUGGUGCGUCAAAGCGGGAAACAUUGUCGGUAUUGUCAAUAUUGUCCGCUUUGACACACCAAGGUUCCCAACGUGUCCAGAGAGAAAACUCUGUUAGUAUGUGUCAUUAGCUUUCGAGAUGAUCACAUUUACUGAAUGCACGGGUACGCUUCCAUGGACCACCCUAACUUUAGGGCAUACAGCGAGUGUGUGUAUAAUACGCUUUAUACAAGUUGUAUGUAAUUAUAUGUAUAAAUAUGUAUAUAGCCUUUAUCUGAAAAUAACCAUAUUCAGAAUCCUUG